AUGGCAUUGUUUGAUCAAUAUUUGGGUGCUGUUUCUGUACAAGGAGAGACAAUUGAAAUCAUGAACGAAAAUACGUGUAAGCAUCUUCGGAGACCAAUAUUCCCGGAAAUACAGAUCAUAGACAUUCCGCAUUUGGAGCAUAGAAAUUUAAGCGGAAUUUUACAAAAUGCGCAAAAACGAUAUUGCACCGUGUCACUUAAAUUGCCGUGCAAAAACGCAGAAACGCAAACGGAUUAUAGAGAAAGUGAAGCGCAGACCGAACCCUGGGAGCCACCAUAUAAAAUUGUUCCAGGUCAUAAUCCUGAAAUAUUGAUGUUGAAUCAUUUAACUUGGAAUCAUGGAUUACCUGCAGGCGUCCAUGAGAUACACAUUAUCAACAGAAUGAAGAUGAAAAGAGCUUGGGAAACAAUUCUUCCAUCGAUGGAUACACCGGUCAACAUAAAAAUGCGAAAUUCAAUAAUAACAAUGUUAGAAAUAGACGAAUGGGCAUUUCGUGAAUCGGAGAUUCAGUUUAUAAUGGAUUUGCGAUUAAAUUUGAUGAGGAGUCUUUUGCAAAAACGUGAGUUGCAAUAUAAAAAGAAAGUGAAAAGUCGUUUCAAUAGACUUCAGAACAAACUGAGGAAACAUCGGGAUGAUCAAGUCAAGACUAUCAGGCAUAAUCUUAAACGAAAUCUGCGAAAAUUAUAUAGAAAAUAUUGCGACAGUCAACAAUCUCGCAAACCCGAUAUAAUCGAGAGGCAUAUUGGUCUCAAAUCCGACUUAUAUGAAUCGCAAAUGCGUUAUGGCGAACGUUUUCAAAGACAAUACGAAAAGUUGGAGAAGCAAUUUUUAAGUGAAAGCUACGAACAAGAAGAAAAGGAAAAUACAAUGCUCAACUGGUUACCAACUAUCGGAAAACCAAAAGUGAUUAAACACAAGUCUAAACCGAUAGAUAUCUGUAUACGAGAAACUAGAUGGACGGAUGAAAAAUUGAAGCAACUUCAUACUGAUCUGAAGGCCAUCCGAAUGAAUGUUAAAUCCGUAGAUGUAACUCCAAGAUUAAUAAAGCGUGAUCACAAACAAUCGGUUUUGCCCGUUACACCACGCAGAUUGAGCAUAUGGGAUAAUAAACAGAAACAAUGUGAAGAAUCUGCUACGUUUGUUCAAAAAUUGGUUAAAGGCAGAGGGGUGCAAUGUCUGAUGUAUGAAGGAUGCGAUAGAUACCGAGAAUUGAUUGAAGAAUUACAUUCGAUUCAAAUGCUCGAACAACAGGCUGAACAAAAACACCGUGAAAAAAUAUGUAUGAUCGAGUUACAACAAUUACAAAAUGAUCAUCAAUCGAUACAGGAAGAUCGUUUAUGCGAGAUUCUCAAUUCUUUGGAAGGAAAAACAAUUUGUGGAACAUUAGAUUUUCUUAGCAAAGAACUGGUGAGAUUAGAAGAUGAACGUAGAGCUCAUGCUUUUGCUUUACUUGCCGAAAGAGAAAGAUGUAUGAGGGAAGCUGCUGAAGCUGGUAGACGCCAAUUGGAACGUAAUCGACGACGAGAAUUCGACGAAAUGUUUAAACAAAUUAUAAAAGUAAAUCAGGACUCGAUAGAAGCUUACUUGGAAGACAUUAUAAGGGAGGGCGUUGAUUGGAUGUCCGAUAAAACAGCUAAAGAACAAAUUUUGCAACUUAACGAUAAAGUGGAUGACAUAUCAAAACAAGUCUUAGAAAAACAAGAUUGUGUGGAUAAGUUGGCAGAAGAAAAACUGGUAAUGGAUAUGAUCUAUAAUUUUGUUUUACCUGAAGUGGAAAAACACAACAUAAGAGGAAAAAUUCGUGAUCAACAACAAAAUUAUAUGCGAAAUGCGUAUAUAUCAAUUUGCGAGAAAAUUUCAACUUUACCAUCUAUUAAACCACUGAAAGUUAUAAAUCAAAAUGUUGGUAUAAAAAACGAAGAGGAACAAGAUAUUGAGACAGAAGAAAUCGAAUUUUCAUCCCACAAAAUCGAAGAAAAAAAAACAGAUUUAGAAGUAAAUUAACAAAUCGAUUUGUAAAAACUUAACAUUUGAUAUCAAAAAUUAAAGACUAUUCUAAGCUUAA